AUGUCUGCCAACGCCGUCAUCUCCUUCCACACCUUCACGCCCACCACAGAGACCUGGUCAGCCGCACUCGACCCUCUAACGCAAAACCCAAACGUCAAGGCCGUCUACUGGGGCCAGGCCCUCGAGGACCCCGAGAAAUACGUCGUCGCCACCCAUUGGUCCUCGAGCGAGGCUCUCGAGGCCUUUGCUUCCUCCGACGCUCUCGCGGGCCUGGCCGGCGUGGCGACCGGCGGCUCCGUGAUCACCGCUCAUGUAUCGCUCGAGGGCUCUCCCGAGAAGGCACUGGAUGUCCCGUGUACUGAGGUCUUGACGGCGUACGGGGUGGAACCUGCGUUUAUCAGCCAGUGUCGUGAUUUCAUUGUAAAGCUUGAUGCGGGAAAGUUGGUGGGCUAUCAUGGCUAUGGACUCGGUGAGGUCCAGCAGGAUAUUGCCAAGGAUAGUGCCGGCGAAAAGGGACCCGCUGUCAUACUGAUUAUCGGCUGGGAUAGCAAGGAGGCUCAUUUGGAAGCCAAGGCGAAGCCUGGGCCAAUCGGUGAGAACAUACAACUCAUCAGGACUGCGAGGAAAGAUCUCGACCUUUAUCACAUCAACUUUGUUAGGCUAUGA